AUGCCCAGGCAGGAGUCCCAAAAGAAAAAGCUAACCAAGUUCCCGAUAUCAAGAUUGAAAAGGAUAAUGCAGCUGAACGAGGACAUAGGAAAGAUAGGGGCCUCGGUACCUGUUGUUGCAAGCAAGGCCAUCGAGAUGUUUUUGGCAGAAGUGGUAGGACUCACCCUCAAGGAAGCAAAGAAGAAGAACUCCUCGAGGAUGUCUCCCGAGUUUAUUGUAAGAGCUAUAGAGUCCAAUUCAAAGUUUGAAUUCCUCAAGGGCAUGGAGCAGCUCAAGAACAAGGAAUAG